AUGGAUGGGAGUUGUAGGGGAAAUCCUAGCCGAUGUGGGGGAGGGGGUGUAAUUCGGGAUUCUAAUGGAAGAUUUGUUGCUGUGUUUGUUGCAUUUUUGGGGCAGGGCACGAACAAUCUAGUUGAGUUGAGAGCCCUUCUUGCUGGUUUGAAGUUGUGUAGGGAGUUGGGGUUCAUGAAUAUUGAAAUUGAGUGUGAUUCACAGGUGGUGGUGGAUUGGGUUACGGCUAGGAAAGCUCGGUCUGGAAAUGUCGAAGAAGAAACUGUGGAGCAAGACAUUGCUAGGGAAGGGGAGCCGGACGUCUAG